GCCCCCCAGUGUCCGGUUCAUGGUUCCGUGCUCAUCCCCAUAUGAGCUGCCAGGAAGCAGGAGCGUUGGUAAAAUUGCUGCGUUUCACAGCUCAGCCGGGGGUCCUGGUAACUGUUUAGCCGGGGGGUAGCAGGUGGCCGUCGAGGUUUUUCAGAUUGUCUUCCAAUGUCUUCACACACCAGUACAAGUCCUGCAUUUGAAUUUGGGCCUAUCUAUGUACGUGAAAAGGGACAACUUCACCUGUUGAAUGGUGCUUCAAACUUGAAGGCGAGCACUGAAAAAUCCAGGUCACUGCGACUGUUUCAAAAGGGCUUCACUGUUAAACUGUGUAUUGAAGAUGGAGACAAGCCAAGCACUUGCAGGACUGAUCAUAUUGUCUUCACAUACACUAAGGCAGGGAAUCUUCGCUAUUCUCCCAAGUUGCUCUUUGAUGUAGUGCUUGGUUUUAUAGCCGACAACAUACAGCAUGUUGACUCAUUAAUUGGCUUUCCUGAGCAGAUUGCUGAAAAACUUUUCAUUGCAGUGGAAGCAAGGAAGAAAUUUGUUGACCCCGACACAAGUACAAAGGCUCUACUUAAAUUCAGUGAGGCUUAUGGAAGUCUCGUGCUCCAAUCCCUGUGUUUACGAGACAGAUUUUUAAUGGUGUCAGAAAAGUUGGAAGAAAUCCAGUCUUUUCGUGGUUUGAUGUGCCUGGAUCUGUCGAGCUGUAAGCUGGGGGAUGAACAUGAGCUCCUAAUGCACUUGACAUCUGAAACCUUAGCAAGUCUCAUCUGCUUAUACCUUGGGGAUAACGGCCUUUCAGAUUCUGGUCUGCGGAAAAUGACUGCACCUGUCCGAGUGAUAAAGAAAGGUUUGGGGAAUUUGGAAGUGUUGGAUCUGUCCAAUAAUCCCAGAAUCAGUGAGCAUGGAAUGGGAUAUUUGUGCUGCUUUUCAAAGCUGAGGGCUCUCGAUAUCUCAGGAACUUGUGUUACGCCCAAUUGUUCGUCAAUCCAAACGAUUCAGAGUAAGUUGUCGCUCUUUCCUGCUGGGGAACCUCUGGAGGAAUUUAAGCACACGUGCUGCAAGACAGAAGGCUGGGCAGAGCAGGUGGUUUAUCAGUGGGAACGUGUGUCUGUUAGACGACGUGAGAAUGUUAGGGGCAGAACAAUGACACAGCAAUUCUAUGGAAUAAACAAAUUGAUCAACAUAGGAAUUGAUGGACUUUCAAAUGCUGAGCAAAUCAAGGAGCCAAUCAGGAUGCAGUUUCACAGAAGAGUCAGUAAGGAUCUCUGUGCAGAGUCCACUGUGACCACCACAUUAGGGGCCAGAAAGAGAAGUGGUGGACAAGCUGAAGUAACUGGGUGUUCUUCCCCUCUUGUGAAACGCAAGCGUGCUGAGCUGACCUUGGAUGAUUGGGACGUUUUGAACUGUUAUUGAGGAGAAACCUGUCGCCCUAAAAGAGUUAUUCUGCAAGCAAGCUGUGUGAAAAGGAUUUUAGAUAGCUCCCUCAUUAACAGGGCCGGGGUAGCUGAAUCGCACCAUAAUUGAAAAUUUCAACAUUCAUCCUUCUCAGCCUGACUAAGGUGAAAGUAUUGUCGGUCAGGUUGCAAUGUUUCUGAUUACACAUAUUUCCUAUCCUAGUUUCUGGAGUUGAAUUGCUUUUCAAGUUGUAUGAUAAACUGAAAUCAAGUAAUAAAUUUUUUUAGAUUGUA